UUAUUAUCUCUAUAUAGAAUAAGAUACAUACACAUAUAUAUUUAUAAAUACAGUCGUAAAAAUACAUAUAGAAUUGAAUUGAUAUAAUAAUAAUAAUAAUGGCGAGCACACGGCAGCAUAGACAAGAAUUAGAUGCCAAGGCAAGGCAGGGUGAAACCGUCAUCCCAGGUGGAACUGGUGGUAAGAGCCUCGAGGCUCAGGAGCACCUUGCUGAAGGACGGAGCCGAGGAGGGCAGACGAGGAGCGAACAAUUGGGCCACGAGGGGUAUCAAGAAAUGGGCCGUAAAGGUGGGCUGAGCACAACAGACAAGUCUGGUGGAGAUAGAGCUGAAGAGGAAGGAAUCCAAAUCGACGAGUCCAAGUUCACAACCAAAACUGAUAAAUAGUAUUCCUUUUAGUUAGAUAGUGGUCAUGUUUUUUAGUUUAAAUUAUUAUAAUUUUAAUAUGCACCUAGUUUUACAUAUCAGGUGUGUCUGUAAAAGUAUUUUAAGUAUCGAUUACAGACGUACUUGUUUGUUUUGUUUACUUAGGUUGUUUUAAUGAGUAGUUGUAGUGUGGUGUUUUUUCUUGAGUUCGUUUGUAUAAUCUUUGUACUAAUUAAAUACAUAGUAGAUAGUAAUUAAUACCAUUAA